AUGCCAACACCUUCGCAGGUUAUAGUGCUUUCUCGACGUGACUUUCAAAUAAUUGGCAAAUUUCCGCUAACGACAUUUACUAAAGAAGGAUGGGGGCUCGCGACCGAUGGGGCGUAUCUCAUCGCUAGCGACGGUUCCGCCAACAUUUCCUUUUUCGAUCCGCUAGAUGAUUUCAAGCUGCACCAUAGCAUCACGGUGCAAAAGAAUGGCAAUAAUGUGGAAAAUUUAAAUGAGCUAGAGUUUGUAGAGGGCGAGCUCCUGGCGAAUGUGUGGUACAAAAAUUGCAUAUUACGUAUUGACGUUGCGAAUGGAGAUGUAUUAGAACAGAUUAAUCUCGACUGGAUACCAAACAUGGUUUCAAACCUCCAUUCGGACGCCAUGAAAACAAACCCUUUAAGAUCGAAUGCCGUGAUGAACGGGAUUGCUUUCGAUCCGACAACACGUCACGUCUUUGUGACCGGAAAGCUAUGGGACUCCAUGUUCGAGCUCGAAUUGUCCUAUUUAAAGUCGCAUCGUCGCAUUGUUCAUGUUAAUUAA